AUGGCACACGGAAUUUCAGACGUUGAUCCAACGAAAAAAGAACAUGUCGAUUCACCAGAUAUACUCGAUAAAAAACUGACUCAAUUAGCUGAUUGGAUACGAAAUGCAAAACAUGUUAUUGUAUUUACAGGUGCUGGUAUAUCAACAUCAACUGGUAUUCCUGAUUUUCGAUCAAGUAUGAAUACAAUAUUACCAACGGGACCUGGUGUAUGGGAACUUCGAGAUCAUCCUGGUGCAAAACGAUCUCCAACAGCUCGUACAACGACAUCAACAAAAGCGAUUCCAUCAGUAACACAUAUGGCACUUGUUGAAUUAGCUCGUCGUAAUCUUCUUCAUUUUGUUAUUUCACAAAAUACAGAUGGUCUUCAUUUACGUUCUGGUUUACCAUCAAUAUUAUUAGCUGAAUUACAUGGAAAUUCAAAUUUAGAAACAUGUAAGAAAUGUAAAACAAAAUAUUUACGUGAUUUUCGUACACGUACAUCGAAGAAAGUUCAUGAUCAUCAAACAGAUAGAAAAUGUACAAAAUGUGGUUCAAAACUUUAUGAUUCAAUUAUUAAUUUUGGUGAAAAUUUACCUGAAUAUGAUUUAGAAACAAGUUUUGAACAUGCAGAGCGUGCUGAUGUUUGUCUUGUAUUAGGUUCAUCAUUACGUGUAACUCCAGCAGCUGAUAUUCCACAACGAGUAGGUGAUCGUGGUGAAAAAUUAGUUAUUGGAAAUUUACAAGCAACACCUAUGUCACGUUUGGCUAAAUCAAAUAUUCAUGCACUUUGCGAUGAUCUUAUGCGUGGAUUAAUGGCUAAAUUAGAUAUUCCUAUACCAGAAUGGGAACUUCAUCGACGAAUACGAAUUACAAUUGAAGAUCAAACUAUAACAAUAGUGGGUCUUGAUCUUAAUCAAGAUAUUGUUUAUUCGCUUUUUUCAGAAAUAAGAAUCUUAGUAAAAGAAGAAACUAAAACACAAUAUGAUUCGAAAGCUAUUCAUAGCGAGGAACCAAUUGUACAUAGAAUGAAAAUAACUAAUCCAAAUGAUAAAAUGGAUGUUUAUAUUGAGUUGAAUUGGCAAGGACAUUAUAAUGAACCAAAAUAUACAGUGAAAUUUCCAUUAGCUAAUUCAAUAAAAGAAAUUCAUCUAUUCUAUAAUCCAAAAACAGGAACUUGGAGAGAAGAGUAA